UUCAGCAUGUUUAUUACUAUGGUAACCACUGAGACUAUAAAUAAUUAGUCAUAGUUGUUUUCAUAUUAAAAAUUUGUAUAUUUAUGUAUAUUAGAAAAUAUGAUUAGAAGUAAAAAAAAAAAAUUAGCAGACAAGGAUAAAAAAGCAAAAAAAAAGGUAGCUUCAAAUGAACGUGAAACUGUAUUUUAUGAGCAACAAAUUAUUGAUAAUAACCAAGUAAUAAUGAGGCUUCAAACUCGUAAUGAUUAUUUGGAAAAUGAGAUGAAAGUAUUAAAAGAAAAAUUAGAAAAAUUAAAAGAAGAUCGUAAUGAUAUUGUUGCACAUCUUAAAAAAAAUUUACAUAAUAAAAAUGAAGAAACACAAGAACUAUUAGAACAUCUGGUUGCAAUUGAAGAACUUCGUAAAGAAGAACAAAAUGAUUAUAUAACAAAAGAAGAUAUUAUGAAGCUUGAAUAUCAUAAUAUGGAAACAAAUUUAAAUGCUGAACUUAAAUUAGUCACUGGAAAAUUAAAUGCACUUGAAGAUUGGCGUAAUGCAAGAGCUGAAUUAACAAGAAAAUUUGAAAUUCAAGAAGAACAAAUGGCAAAGCAAAAUGAGGAUCAUGCAAAAGCUCUUUAUGAUGCUGAAAAAUCUCUUAUUAUUGAAAAAUCAAAAAUGCAAAAAGAAAUGGAACAGCAUCUGAGUGAUUUAACAUUAGAAUUUGAAAAUGCAAUGAAUACUAAAAUUGCAGAUACAACGAAAAGAGCUAUUCAAGAAAAUAUUGCUCUCAAUAAAGAACUCAAUAAAGGAUGGAUUGAGUGUCAGAAAUUAUCUGAAAAACUUGAAAUAUUAAAAGAAAAAGAUAGAUGUAGUAUUUAAUCAAAAAAUUGAUUUAAUAAAAAUG